AUGGAUCUCGCCCCCGCCGCCCUCCGCCGCCGCCGCCUCACGCUCGCCUCGCCGGCCUCCCCCGCCUCCCCCGCCGUGGUCAAGGCGCUCUUCCAGGACGAGCUCUCGCCCGUCUCCGACCUCCGCCUCAGCAUGGAGCAGCUGGGCCGCGGGCAGCGUGAGAACACGGAGCAGGACCCGGGGAACAAGAAUGGACUGCAAAGAUCUGCAUCCUCGGAAUCCACAGACUCAGGUUUGGCUCUGGAUUCCCCGGGCCCUGCGAGCUCCGGCGACGCCAUGGAGGACACGUUUGAGAAAGCAAUUCUCAAAUCCAGCAGACUGAACCUUCGAAUACCUUUCAGGAGAAUACACUCCCUGCCACAAAAUCUGCUGGGAUCCAGCCCUGCCCUGAAGAGAAACCAUUCAGAUUCUCUGGACAGCGAUGCUUUUCAGCCAUUGGCACAAGAUGAAAAUAAGGAGAAUGAGUCAUUUGAGUUUAAGAAGCCAACCAAACCAGCUUCUCGUUGCUUCCGUGAUGGAAGGGCUGGAGCAAGGCAGAAUUCAUCUCCAGCUCAGAUUGUUCCCAUGGAUGAAACACCCUCGGGUGAGCAGGAGAACUACAGGCCAGCCUUCCUGCAGCAGCAUUCCCUGACCUCCUCGGAGAGCGAGGACGACGACGGAUUCCUGGAGCUGCUGGAUGACCAGGAUUUGAAGAACGACGAGGAGGUGCCGUCGGACGUGGCGAGCCUCUGGACCGCGCCGCUGGUCACGAGGAGAGCGGACAAUCGGGCCAAACGGUGCCGCUUGUUUGGCUCUUCAUCCGUGUCCAGCAUUGCUGGAAGAACCACCCAGAAGAGGGUGGAGAGAUCCCAGGAAGAGAAUUCCCCAGGGAAAAGCAAGAAGAGGAAAAGCCUGCCUGGAACUUGCGAGGACCCAACGAGUCUGAAGCUGGUGAGGACCCAACCCUCCACAGCAGAGAUCGAGAGCAUUUUGGACAGUGACCAGAGAGACCUGAUUGGGGACUUCUCCAAGAGUUACUUACUUGACACUGUUGAUGGGAAACAUCAGGAUUUAAAAUACAUCGACUCAGAAAUGAUUGUGUCUGUGCUGACUGGGAAGUUUGAGAGCUUCAUCAAGCAGUGUGUGAUAAUGGACUGCAGAUACCCCUACGAGUAUGAAGGAGGGCACAUCAAGGGUGCCAUAAACCUGCACAUGGAGGAGGACGUGGAGAACUACCUGCUGAAGCAGCCGAUCGAGCCGGCGGAGAACAAGCGGGUCAUCGUGGUGUUCUACUGCGAGUUCUCCUCGGAGCGGGGCCCUCGCAUGUGCCGGUUCGUGCGGGAGCAGGACAGGCUGAGCAACGAGUACCCCAGCCUGCACUACCCUGAGCUCUACGUGCUCAAGGGGGGCUACAAGGAUUUCUUCUCCAGAUGCAGGAGCUUCUGCGAGCCCCAGAGCUACCGCCCGAUGCACCACAAGGACUUUAAGGAGGACCUGAAGAGGUUCCGCACCAAGAGCCGGACCUGGGCCGGGGAGAAGAGCAAGAGGGAGAUGUACAGUCGCCUGAAGAAGCUCUGAGGGCUGCAGGGACCCAGCACGGACUGUCCAGCGUGGGAGGCCUGCCCUGCCUCUCUCCUCCUCUGUUUGCUCCCUGGGAACUCCUGGAACUCGGGGCUCCGGGCCCGGAUCCGGCCGGGAGCCGCCUUUGGUUAUUUUUGUUACAUUGCUUGGUGAAAAAUGGCUUCUUGUGUUCUGUGCCUCCCCCAGAGCGCCCGGGGAGGGGUGGGGAGACACCCGUGGGGCUGUGCUGGGGCCUGGGGCAGCAGUGUUGAGGGUGUUUUAGUGCCUGUUAUUUUUUUUAACUGCUCGAUUUUAUUUAAAUACAGUCAAAUGAAGCCAAUACUGCUGCGGUUGGAUCAUCUGGGGUCUACUUAAACCUGCUCUCUACCCCAGGGCAUCCUGCUGGUGGAGGGGUGGGGGCUAAUUAUUGUACUCAGCUGCAGCUUUGGUUCCAUGUAGUGUUUGUGGUGAAGGAAAAUGGGAAAUGUCCCGUUACAGCUCGAGGUUCCCACCUCAGCCUUUGAAAGCCCAUCUAAGAGGAAUUGCCUGUUCAUAAAUAUCAUGUUCACCUCGUUUA